GGCGCGUGCACGUGUUGCCGGCGAGGCGCUUUGAAAGAGGAGCCGAGCUCAACGGGCACGGAUCGUAGAGGACGGGUUCGGGACCGGAGGAGGAUUUCAAAACGGGACAGCCGGGCCCAGGGGGUUCUAUGUCUGGCUUAAGCAAGAAAGCCGUUCCGAGUCGGCACCGCUGCUGCAGGUGGUCGUCGUGGGAGGGAGAGGGGCUAGCAGGGACCUGUUCAUUCCCAACGACUUCAUCGUUAUCCAAAUAAUAACAACACGCAGAUUUCCAUAUAGAUUAGAAAGGGACCUAUACAUGAAUUACAUUUAAUUUAUUUUAAUAGUAACAAUUAUGAGCAAUUAUCCGGACAGGGCGUCUUUGAUAAACGCGGAGAGCCCAGAUAAAAGCAGUCCCUCAGCCGGCGGCAGCGAUUGGGACCUGGGCAACGAUGUGUUCGUCUGCUGCUACGAGGAGCCGGUGGAUGGAGAGCGGAUUCACGGCGGGAUGCACUCUGUUCAGUCGGGUUUGGACCACCACCUGCUUUCCCUCCGCACCCGGCAUCGCUCUGCCGAGGAUGGCUUGGUGUUGGGCCUAGUGGAGGAGACUUACUCCAGCUUCCAUCAUAGCGAUUCUGACACCGGCCUCGAUUACCUGCACACGGGGGAGCACGAUUACAGGGAGAGCGACGCCGGUUUAUCCCCUCCCUUCGAUACCAGGAAACGGACCCGCUCCAGCAGCUCUCGGCACCGCUACGAGGUUGUCACAGAACUGGGACCCGAGGAGGUGCGCUGGUUCUACAAAGAGGACAAAAAGACAUGGAAGCCCUUCGUAGGAUACGAUUCCUUGAACAUCGAGGUCAUGUACCGCAAGUUCUGCGAACUCAACCCAGACCAGGCUCGGCGCCCGGGGACAAGUGACACAGAGGAGGGGAGUGGGGUGGCGAAGGAGGUGGGCGCAGAGGAGGGAGCGAAUGUCGGGGGAUCAAGGCAAGGGUCUCUUGAGAAAAGAAACAGCGAAGAUGCAGGAAGAGGGACCGAGUUAAAAGCAGAGGCUGUGAGGGACCCAGAUCUGAUCAGCAUCAAUUUUGAGCCCGUGUGUGUCAGAGGAGGGCUGUAUGAGGUCGACGUGAAAGAAAAGGACUGCUACCCUGUGUACUGGAACCAGCAGGACCGGAUCCCGGUGAUGAGAGGCCAGUGGUUCAUCGACGGCACAUGGCUCCCCUUGGAAGAGGACGAGAGUGACCUCAUUGAGGAGGAGCAUCUGAACUGCUUCCGCGGACAGCAGGUGCAGGACAACUUCGACACAGACGUGGUGGCCAAGACUAUAGACAGCAGUGAUGUUUUCUCCCACCUCCCCCCUUUCUACCUCCCGUUUCUGUUCAAAUGGAGAGGAUAUCAGCCGAGCGCUGACACUGCAUGUCACAAGCGAAAGCGUUUCGAAGCCAUCCACAGCCUGAAGCUGAGCCGCAGCCAUGUAGACUGGCACUCUGUGGAUGAAGUGUACCUCUACAGUGAUGCCACCACUUCCAAAAUUGCCCGCACCGUCACGCAGAAGCUUGGCUUUUCCAAAGCGUCGAGCAGUGGGACCCGUCUCCACCGAGGGUAUGUAGAAGAGGCCUCUCUGGAAGACAAGGCCCCUCAGGCCACGCACAUCGUCUUUGUUGUGCACGGCAUCGGCCAGAAGAUGGACCAGGGCCGAAUCAUCAAGAACACAGGCAUGAUGAGAGAUGCUGCAAGAAAAAUGGAGGAAAAGCACUUUUCAGAAUAUGCCUCAGAGCACGUGGAGUUCCUGCCAGUGGAGUGGAGAUCAAAACUCUCUCUUGAUGGAGACACAGUAGACUCCAUCACUCCAGACAAAGUGCGUGGACUGAGGGACAUGCUGAACAGCAGUGCAAUGGACAUCAUGUACUACACCAGCCCACUGUACAGGGACGAGAUUACGAAGGGUUUGACUCGGGAGCUGAACCGCCUGUACUCCCUGUUCUGCUCCCGCAACCCUGACUUUGAAGAGAAGGGGGGUAAGGUGUCGAUUGUCUCUCACUCGCUGGGUUGUGUCAUCACAUUUGACAUCAUGACUGGCUGGGACCCGGUGCGAAUGUACCAGCAUGUAGAGUGUGACCUCAAGGAGACUGACAUGAGGUGGCUGAGCUAUGAAGAGCGUCACCUUCUGGAGGAACUACAGCUCACCAAGCAGCGGGUAAGAGAAAUUGAAGAGCAGCUGUACAGGGUGGAGAACUCUGCUGCUACAGCCUCACCAGCCUUGAAAUUCAAGGUUGAGAAUUUCUUCUGCAUGGGGUCUCCACUCGCGGUGUUCCUGGCUCUGAGGGGGAUCCGUCCUGGGAACAACGGCAGCCAGGACCACUUCCUGCCCAAGUCCAUCUGCCGUCGGCUCCUGAACAUCUUCCACCCCACCGACCCCGUGGCUUACAGACUGGAGCCCCUCAUUCUAAAGCACUACAGCAACAUCUCCCCUGUCCAAAUACACUGGUUUAACACUACCAACCCCGAUAGCUACGAGCAGGUCAGACCGACACUCCUCAAUCCCGUUAAAGAGACUACCUCUGCCUCUGACACUGAGAGCAUCCCCAGCCCUAGCACCUCCCCGGUGCUGGCACGCCGCCACUACGGAGAAUCCAUCACCAGUCUCGGCAAAGCCAGCAUACUGGGAGCGGCGAGCAUUGGGAAGGGCAUCGGAGGAAUCUUCUUUUCACGAUUCGGACGUUCUAGUGCGAGCAUCGCAGCAGACGGCAGCGGAACAGAGCUGGAGGACAAGCGACCCCUGGAGAGCCAGACGAGCUGCACCCUGUCAAGCACAUCCCAGUCUCAGACCAACCCCGGCGUCAUCGACAACACACUGGAACUGGAGAGCCGCAUCGACUUUGAGCUGCGUGAGGGCAUGGUGGAGAGUAGGUACUGGUCUGCUGUGACUUCGCACACGUCUUACUGGUCCUCGCUGGACGUGGCACUGUUCCUGCUCACUUUCAUGUACACAAAGGAGCAGCCUGAUCACAGCGAGGAUGGUCCAGACUCAGUGUAGCACAUCUGAACACUUGUACCUCGCUCCCUGACACUGGAGGACAGUCUGGAUCCCGUAGAACCCUCAACACUUGAGUCUCGUUCUCUCACUUACUCAGUCACACAAGAGAACCAUUGGUCCAGACCUGUAAAUGCUUGGAGUCUCGCCUGUGAACCCAGACCACAGAGCUUACCCCUGAUCUGCACAUGUCCAUACUACUGGAGCGUCAUUCACUUCCGAGACCUAGAGUCUCCCACACAGGAAUAAUCUGGAGCCGUUACAAAACUGGAUAGUCGCCCUUACCGAGUCUGCUGUCUGCAUGAUACUUAACACAGGGCAACACCCUCCUGCUCAUAAUGAUCCAGGCCUUUGUUCCUCAUCUGAUCACUGUGCAAACCCCAUUCACUGGCUCUCCACAGUGAUCUGGACUUGUCAACUGUCACGCUUAAGUCAGGAGCCUGCAAACCAAACUCAUUCACUCACAACUAUUCCUGUCCAUUCUUGUGCACCCAUCUGAAUACCGGAGAUGGCCUGCCUCUCUCCUUCACAGGAGUACAGGAACCCCAGUCUGUAUUAUACAUUUUUUUUUUUUUUUUUAAGUUUUGUCGUUUUAUG